GCAUGUUCAUUUUACCUAUUAUUUUUGUGGCAGUAAUUCACGUGUUUUUUUUGCUCUAUCUGCGGGAUUAAAUAACCAACAAAGUUCAUGAUUAUUUUGUGUUAAUUAAACAUUUUCUUAAAAAAGUGAAAAAUUAUUUUUUUAAUUUUAAAGUAAAUAUUUAAAAAAAAAUAUGGCGACAUCUUUGGCUGAACAACUUCGGCGUUUAAAAGUGCCACAAACUUCUGUUUUAGUUGAUAGUAAAAUCAAACAGUCUAUAAUUUUUGAUAAAAAAGAUGCAGCUACAAAAGAUAGAAAAACAAUUUUUCAACUGGGACAAAAAGGCAUUUCUGAACUAAGCGCUUUAAAUCCAGCUUUUAUACAAUUUGAAAAGACUUUAUUCGAUCCUCAUACUAUUGAACUUGAAAGAUCAGUUGAGAAUUCCGAAGUUAAUAAAUUAAUCAACAAAACGAUAAAGAAAUUUUUUUAUCAUCUUUCUCCAUAUUUUAUGUUGCAACCAGCUCAUUUAUGUUUGGAAUGGUUAAUUAGACGCUUUCAUAUUCAUCAGUUUAAUAAAGAUGAAUUUAUUGAUCUUAUAUUACCAUAUCAUGAAACAAACAUUUUUGUGAAAUGUUUGCAAACAAUGAAUUUGAGUGAUCCAAAUGGAAAAUGGAUAUGGAUGAAUGCAUCAUUAAAAGCUGGUGUACCAUUAUCAAAGACAGCAAUACAAAAUAGAGCCUCUGAGGAUGCUUCAUUUUUACGAUCAAUUUGUAAUUCAACGUUGGAAUCUGUUCGAGAAUUAGAUAACAGAAGCAAUACGUUGCAAACAAAAAUAAAUUUUUACUGUAUUACAGUAAUAGCAGCUUUAGAGAAUUGUAAAACUGUUAAAGAGACUCAUAUCUCUUGUAUUUUACCAGCACUUUUGAAGGGUUUCUCAUCGAACUCUUUGGAUUUUUCGGCUUCAUCUUUUAUGAUAACAGCUCUACUGAUUUCAAAAGCUAAUUUAAAAGAAGACAUUUUAGAAAAUUUAUUAUCAAAAAUUUGCAAUGUGGAACAUAGAUCUCUGCAAAUUGAUAUUCUUUUAUUAUCAAUAUUAAUUUAUCAGUUGCAAAGUGCUAUAAAGCAAUUUCCUGAAAAGUUACUUAUAAAUUUUAUUUCAAAAAAAUCUCAUGUUUCUAAUAUUAAGGAAUUAUCUGAAAGAGGUAUUAGAGUAACAUUUUUAUGUGUUCCUUUAAUAAGAGCUUGUUUCGACAAGAUACACAAUAAAGACCCGGAAUGGCCAAAGUGUCAAUCGUUUUUAACAAAUUUAUUCGAUGAAGUACGAUUUCAAGAACAUGAGAGUAAAAUAGUAAUAAGGUCUAUUUUAGAAAGCAAUCAAAGUACCAAACGAAAUUUUUCAGAAGAUGACAUUGUGGAAUUAGACUCCGACGACGAAAAUGAGCUUUUACAAGAAGAUAUUAAAAAAAUGUAUUCCGGUUAUUUAUAUCAGCUAGAAAAACAAUAUCCUUCAGUAUUUGAUAUAAUAGUAAAAGAAACAAUGCAAGGACAAGGCAAUAUUUCUGAAAAGAGAAAACAAGCUCUUAAAUUUAUAUUAGCUUUUCGUUUAAAAUCAUCUUAUUCCGAAGAUAGCACUUCUAUAUAUGAAAAUCUAUAUCAUCCGAAUUCAGAAAACCGUAUUGCUGCAAUAAAUUAUAUUAAUCAGAAUUUCCGCAACCUUACCUUAACAAAUGAAGGUAAAUCGAUGAUAAAAGAUAGCUUAGCGGACAGACUGAGCGAUGACGAUCAAAAAGUUUUAGUUGAAGUUUUGAAAAUUUCACCAGAUAAUUUUUUAAAAAUUAUGGAUAUUGAAUUGUACUUGGAGAAACUUAUUAAAAUAUUUAUUAGGUGUAAUUCACAGAAAAAUAUGGGGUUUACUAUUAAAACCAAUGUUAUUGAACAUAUGACAAAUGUAGAUCUUGUUAAAACUUGUGAUACAAACCGGAUUUUAAUAACUCUUCUGCCCCUUAUUGUGUCAGAAAAUGAAAAUGAUUUAAAAUUAUUAAAAAAGCUAUCAAAAAAAGAAUCAAUAACAUUCAUUCCAUUUUUAAAGGAAUAUUUUUUGCAUUCAUCCACUAAAAUUCCGAAAACAAUUCAAGAUUUCGAAAAUAUUAUGCAAGAAAUCAAAAGUUUUCCGAUUCCAGAAUCUAUUUUAAAAACAUUUGAAAAUGUGAAUGAAUGUUUUUAUGAAAAUUCAACAAAUUGUACAUUUAUUUUAUUAGUUUUAAGUCAUAGUUUUUUAAAAUAUAAAACUAAUGCAACGUUGAAACUAAAGGCAUUCAAGAUAUAUGAAUCAAUUGAAAAACGAAUGAAAUUUGUUCCACAAUCAAAUAACUUCUUACAAGUUAUAAAACCGAAUAGUAUAUCGUUAUCAAUCGCUCUAAAUUUCCUAUUAUCACUCUUAAAGGAUUCAUCAUGUGAAAAGAAAACUUUUACAAGUCAAUCGGAAACUUCCAAUCUUUUAAGGAGGAUUUUCGAAGUUGUACUUACAAAAGCAUUUUCAGAGAAAAAUUCUUUAUUGAAAGAUGAAUAUGGUUAUUGUUUAAAAAAUUUAUUGAAACAAAUUUUUCAAUCAUCUACCGAAAUAUUGGAAUAUCUCUCCUUUUACUUUAUAUUUGAUAGAAUUAAUAAAUACAACAUAGAUUAUGAAUUACAAAUUCGUGCGAUAAAAUUAUUUAACUGCAUAAUAACUGGAGAUAAAAAGGAUUUUAGUAUUAACCGAAAUAUAUUAAUUAAAUUAAUCUUAGGAUUGAAUAAUUCUGAAUCUAUUAUUCGAAAAACUAUCAUUGAAACUUUACAGAACGUAUUGAAAUUAGAAUCUGCUGUUAGUGAAAAUGAUUUGGCUAUAAUAUCGAAGAUAUUAGAAUCUGAAAAAGAAAUUUUAAUGGAUGAAUUUCAAAUAACAGUAGUGUUUUUCACAUUACUUUGUUAUUCUGAAACCAAUGAUAAAAAAUUUAUAACAAUUACUCGUGAUUUUUUAAAUUCAGUUUUGAAAAUAUUAAACGACGAUAAAGAGAAAAUUGUUUUGAAAGCUCUUCUGCUAAAUGUUAUGAAACUUGCAAAUAAUACAAAAAUUUUAGAAAAUCUUAUAAAUUUGGGUUGCAAAAUACUUGAGGAGGCAAAAUUAAAAUUCAAAGAUAAAAUUGCUUUAGAGUAUUUCUCCGCUGAAAUCUACAAAAAUAUUAUAGAUAGAUUUGAUGCAGAAACAAUAACAAUUCUGGCAAAAAAUAGAAAUGCAUGGGAUUUCAUUGAAAAUUCGCUCGUAAAUCAUAAUAUUCUAAUUAAUAUAAACGGAAAAAUUCAAUCAAUUGCUUCUAUAAUAAUGAAUGUCUUUGAAACAGAUGUGUAUGAUAAAAUGCCUGUUAAAUAUAAAGAAAUAUUUUUGCGACAUAUUAUCGGAGCGAUGUCAAAUGCUACUGAAAGUACGGUUUCCAUUACUGGUGCAAAAUUAAUUAAACGUUUACAUCUUGACGGUGAUCAUAUAAAAACUAUUUUAAUCCAAAUGAAAAAUUUAUGUGGAAAUAAUCCUAAUAGUGGGCGUGCUAUUUCUUUACAGUCUACAGUAAAUUGUUUGAAUUUGGCAGAAUGGAAAAUUGGAAUUACAUUGUUAGAAUUAUUACAAAAUAUUAAAAAUAUUGAAAACUCCGAAAUAUUAAUACCAAUACUAUUUGAUUUGUUAAGUAAAUGUUUAGAGUUUGAAGAACAGGUUGCAUUGGAUUAUGCAAAACAGUUAAUUUUGUCCUGCUUAAUAAAUUUGAGUCAAAAAAUUCAAGAAGUUAUCAAAAAAUCAAAAUACAAAUUUAAUGAUAAUACUUUAAGAAUGGAUCUCGUAGUUCAAUGCAUUCGUUCAACACAGAAUCCACAAACCCAUCAUCAUGCUCUAAUGCUUUUGUCUCAUUUUGCUAAUAUAGUGCCACAGCAAAUAUUACAUAAUAUUACAAAUGUAUUCACCUUCAUGGGUUCGUCAGUUGUCCGACAAGAUGAUUCAUUUACAUUUCAAAUUCUUAUUAAUGUUAUUGAAUCUGUAAUUCCAAUGCUUGUUGAAUCGUGUAGCGAUGGCGGUAUAUCAGAACAAAACAACAAGGAUUCAAAAGUAAUACCAAUUCUUAAAGUUUUUUCGGACAUAAUUUUAGAUGUACCUGAACAUCGUCGAUUACUUUUAUAUACAAAACUAAUUAAAACAUUAAACGCAAAACAAUAUUUAUGGAUGUUUUUGUGUGUUCUUUUUGAAUCACAUGUUGUAAAUGAUGAUAAAGAAAAGUUACAGAAAUCUAAGGUUAAUAACCGAAAUUUGGGUAGAAGUUCAUCGCCAGAAGAACUUCCAAAAAGAUUAUCAAUAGCAUUACAAAUUUGUAAAGAUUUUGAACCUACCAUUUUAAUUGAAACUUGUGUAGCACUUUUUGUAUAUUUAAGAAAAUUGCCAGAAGAAAAGGUCAAAGAAUCCAAUGAAAUGAGUAUCGAUGUUACAGAAUUGGAAACAUCACUCUUUUAUGUUAUCAAUCAUACUGAUAAGCAGUUUAGGCAUUACAAAUUUUCCAUAUUACAAUUUAUGUCAGCUUUAACCUCAUCAACCGAUUUCGUUAAUUCAAUCGCAAGUUUAAGUCUACAGCAACAAAAAUUAAUAAAACCUUAUUUUCAAGAUUUUAUAAUAAAAAUACUUAGUUUUAUACCACAUGUUAUGACUGCUGCUGAAAGAAAUGCUGCAACAAAUCACAAUAAAUUUUGGAAGAUAAUAUUGCAUCAUUGCACAGAAAUUUUAGACAACGCUAUUUCAUUGUUAUCUGCUGAUAUGCUACUUCUUGUUGUACAUGGCUUAAUUCAACAUCAACUUUCGGUUGUAAGAAAGAAAGUGAUCGAAUUAUUAAUUACUAAAUUACAAUAUAAAAUGGAUUAUUUUGAUAAAUGUAACAAAGAGAAUAUGAUCAAACUUUUGGAACCUUUGAAGGAUAUUAUAAAGUCAGUUUUAAAUAAAGUACCAGUAGGGUCAAAUAUAAAUUCUAAUCAUGAUGAAGCUAAUAUUCAACAUUUAGCACUUAUUGCUAUUAAACUGCUAUCUAAAGAAUUAGCCCUGAUAUGUAUUGAUGAUUUCAAAGAAAUAUUAGCAUUAUUAUCGAAAAUCUUAAAAAAACGAUCGUCUACUUCGAAAACUAUUGUUGCUGCUGUUGUGCUAGCAAUAUCAGAAAUAUCAUCUAAUUUGAAAGCUCAUUCUAUAUCAAAUCUUUAUAAAUUUAUGCCAUAUAUAGUAGAAGUUUUAAAUGAUGAAGCUGAAAAUAUUAAGAAUCAAGCACCAGAUAAUAUAACUAUUGCAAUUUUUGCUGGCGUAUACAAGUUGUUUGAUUCGUUACCCCUGUUUUUGGGACCUUAUUAUAUGGAUUUAUUUGCGUUAAUAAUUAAAGUCUGGGUACAACUAGAUAACAGGAUAUCAGAUAAUCGUUCUCAAAUGAUGUACAACAAGUUGAAUUCAAUAUGGUCAAAAGUUUCUAGUUCAAUUCCAUUACGAUUAUUAACACCACAUUGUGAAAAUAUUUAUACAAAAUUGAUUGAGGAAGAAAAUUAUAGGGGAAUUAUUUAUUUAAUGAAACUAUUGAAAGAAAGUUUUAUUAAUACGGAAGGAGCUGAUAUUAAUAUUUUACAAAAUGAAUUAACAAAAUUUUUUAUAACUAUAUUAGAUUUUCGUACAAAUUUGAAUGACUGUAUAGAUACGAAAGAAAUUAAUGAAAUUGAAAAUGAAAUUUUAGAAACAUUUGUAAGUUUAAUUCUAAAAUUAUCAGAAAGUUCUUUCAGGCCACUUUAUCAAAAGUUAUAUGAUUGGGCUAUGAGGAAUUCAGGAAAUGAUAAUGAUAAAUUAUUAAAUCGUGGUAUUACAUACUUUUCUUUGUCUGAAAAAAUUUCAGGAACACUUAAAUCACUUUUUGUAUUAUUUGCUAGUGAUUUUAUUCAAGAUGCAGCAAAUUUAUUAAUAAAAUGUAAUUAUAAAUCUGAAAAGUCAGAUAAAAAAUCAGAUAAGUUAAGUGAAAAAUUCGAGGAAAAAAACAAAUGUGUUAUUUUAUUAGAGAAUAUUUUGAAAACAUUAUAUAAUAUUUUCUUAUAUGAUACACAAGGUUUCAUUAGUGUUCAUCGUUUUGAUAUUCUAAUGUCACCAAUAACUGAUCAUAUAGAAAAUACAUUGGUAAUUGGUAAUGAAGAACUUCAAACAGUUUUAAUUAAUUGUAUUUCACAAUUGGCUGUAGUAGUUUCUAAUGAUGUAUCCUGGAAACGAUUAAACUAUGAAGUUUUAUUGAAAAGUAGAAAUGAUCAGAUUGAAAUUAAAAUGUUAUCACUUAAAACCUGUAUAGAAGUAGCAAAAAAAUUAGGUGAAGAUUUUAGUUCACUUCUACCUGAAACGAUACCAUUUAUGGCUGAACUAUUAGAGAACGAUAAUACUAUUAUUGAAGAAGCAGGAAGAAAAACUGUAAUAGAAUUGGAAAAAGUUGUUGGAGAAUCAUUACAAAAAUAUUUUUAAGAACGAAAAUAUUGUAAUACAUAUUUUUGAUAUUUUUUUUAGUUUUGUUAUUGAUAAAAAAUUCUAACAUAACUUUUUUAUGUUAAUAAAAAAUAUUUUAAUUCAAAAAUAAAUCUUAAAGAAUUUU